AUGUAUUGUUCGAUCCUUUCUUCAGUUGUCGCCGCCGUCGCCUUGCUGGCCGGUCCGGCUCUCGCCCAGACGUACCCAGACCCGUUGGGCUGCGCGGGCGACUGCUUCACCCAUGACCCAUUUGUGACCAAGCGCGCCGACGGCACGUACUUUCUCUUCUCGACGCUGGAUCUGAUCAGCAUCCGCACUGCCACGUCCUUGGGCGGCCCGUGGACCGAAAUCGGCAGUGUCCUAGAGUAUGCCAGCGUCGCUAACAUGACAGGCAAUGACGUGCUCUGGGCCCCUGAUGUCUCGCUGGUCGGUGACCUGUAUUACCUUCUCUACGCAGUAUCCACGUCUGGCUCCCAGGAUUCGGCCAUCGGCUACGCCACAUCUACAACCCUGGACCCUGGCAGCUGGACGGAUCACGGGGCCUUGAUAAGCUCAUCAAGCAGCACCCCCUACAAUGCUAUCGACCCGACCCUAGCCCGAGGUCUCGGCGAUCAGGCGGGCCAGUUUUUUCUGUCGUGGGGCUCCUAUUGGCAGGACAUUUACCAAUGCGCUGUCACAGUCGAUGGCAACGACGCACAUAUCGGCCUGUCGGACAGUCCGACGCAGAUCGCGUACAACACCCCAGACGCGGGAAGCUACAUGGAGGGCUCGUUUAUCUACCCACGCGGCGGCUACUACUACCUCUUCCUCAGCGUCGGCGAGUGCUGUACGUAUGGCACUCCCACAACGCCGCCAGCCACAGGCACGCCGUACCAUGUCAACGUGUGCCGCAGCACAAGCGCCUCUGGGCCUUACAUCGACAAAAACGGCACCGCCUGUCUCGGUGGCGGCGGAACGACCAUUCUGGCAGGGCACGACGAUGUGUACGCGCCCGGUGGCGAGGGCGUGUUCAACGACCCGACCUACGGUGAUGUGUUCUACUACCACUAUUUGAACACGUCGAUAGGCCUAGACUACUCCCAAUCGCUGUUUGGCUGGAACACGAUCAACUGGAGCGUAGACGGCUGGCUCAGCCUGGAAUGA